AUGAGAUGCUUUCGGAAACUGCUUGGCAUCUCAUACAGAGAUCACAUCACUAACGAUGCAAUCAGAGACAGAAUCAGGCAAGCCAUUGGGCCCUAUGAUGAUAUCUUAACCACGGUAAACAAACGCAACUUAAAGUGGUUUGAGCAUGUAUCAAGAUCAUCAGGGCUUGCCAAGACGCUUUUACAAGGAACAGUGCAAGGAGGGAGAAGAAGGGGCCGACAAAAGAAGCGCUGGGAAAACAACAUCGCUGAAUGGACAGGGUUGAAGUUUUGCCAUGCCGUAAGAGAAGCUGAAAACAAAAUAAAAUGGAAG